GUUCUUUCGCAUUAUUCAUGGGAAUCGGUUCGGUUAUUCGCUCUGAAGAACAACCCAAAAGCAUCAUGUGGAAACAACAUUUAGAACAGCAUCAGAAGUAUUCACGUGGCUUCGCAAAUUUGCCGGUUGAGGUUCUAGAGAGGAAGAGGUGGGAUAGAAGAAUUGUGGGGAUGUGA